GCGUGACGUCACACAAGGAACCGCAGAUCCCUUCCCAAUUGACAACAAUGCUAAACAAGCAGACUUUGAGAGAGCCGACAACAAUUACUUUGUGACAAAUUACGCUCCAGAACUUUAUAUUGUUUAGCCCGAACACAAAAACGGUGAGCAAUACGUUUUAGAAAGCCGAGCUUCAUUGAAACACUGUAGCAUUAGCAGCAUUGCUAGGUGCUAAACAUACAAAGUAACCAUUUUAGACCAUAAUAAAACAAUGUAGGUGCUAAACAUACAAACUAACCAUUUUAGACCAUAAUGAAACAAACACUGUAAUAGUUCAACUCUUGCUGGGACGUUGACAGAAUUCUGUUGGGGUGAAGAUUUCAUCACAAUCCUCACGAAGGGUUAAAAAAAAAAAAAAGUUCCUGCAUUAAAAGUGUCUUUUUUCGCCGCCUCCGGGAUGUGAAAGUCGACCAGCCAGUCGGUCCAUGGCCACAUUUGUCUACUACCAGAGAUGAAAGACAAAAACCCCUGGGCCAUGUCGCUGACCGUCGUCAUCGCCGUCGUUGGCGUCAUCGCCGUGGUCGCCCUGGUGACGGUAACGGUGGUCCAGAACGUGCCCCUCCUCCAGAAGUACAAGUACGGCAUCGUGCUGGACGCCGGCUCCUCCCACACGACCGUGUUUAUCUACCAGUGGCCCGCAGAGAAGGACAACAACACGGGACGAGCGGAGGAAAAGCACGCCUGCAACGUCAAAGGUCCAGGUAUUUCCAGCUAUUCCGGGACUCCCUGGAAGGCCGGCGAGUCCCUGCGAGCGUGCAUGCAGGAAGUGGAGGAGAACAUUCCCGGGAAAAGACACGCGGAGACGCCACUUUACCUCGGAGCCACCGCCGGGAUGAGAUUACUGGAGAAGGCCAACAGCUCGGCAUCCGAGGAGGUCUUCAAGGCCGUCUCCGAGACCCUCCAGAAGUUCCCCUUCUCCUACCAGGGCGCCAGGAUCCUCAGCGGCCAGGAGGAGGGCGCCUUCGGUUGGGUCACGGUCAACUACUUGGACGACCGCCUCAAGCAGGGCCUGGAGACCACGGGGGCUCUGGACCUCGGCGGGGCGUCCACCCAGAUUAGCUUUGUGUCCAAAAUGUUUGACGGCUCUGAGUCACCCGGCAACUCGGUGACCUUCCGCCUGUACGGGAACGACUACAACCUUUACACUCACAGCUUCCUGUGCUACGGGAAGGACCAAGCCCUGAAGAUGGCGCUGGCACAACAGACGCAGGCGGGUCCUCAGGCGCUAUUGGACCCGUGUAUGCACCCGGGCUACAGCAAAACCGAGGACUACUCGAGGCUUUACGACAGCCCCUGCGUGUCGGACAGGAAGCCCCAAGGAGCGCCGGCCAGUUUCCAGCACAGCGGCUCAGGAAACUUCCAACAAUGCCAGGACGUGGUGCGAAACCUCCUCGACUCCAGCCAGUGCAAACACAGCCAGUGCUCCUUUAACGGCGUCUACCAGCCCACCCUGCAGGGCAUGUUCGGGGCCUUCUCCGCCUACUACUACGCCAUGAGCUUCCUCAACCUCACCGACACGUCGGUGCCUCUGCAGGCGGUCAAGGAGAGGAUUGCCAGCUUCUGUGCCACGCCCUGGGAGCAGGUGCAGCAGCAGAAUCCCAAAAUCAAGUUGAAAUAUUUAUUCGGUUAUUGUUUCACGGGCACUUACCUCAUCACGCUGCUCACCGAGGGGUACAACUUCACCGCCGAGACGUACUCCAGCAUCAAAUACGUGCACAAGAUCAAAGGGAGCGAAGCCGGCUGGACUUUGGGUUACAUGUUGAACCUCACCAACAUGAUCCCCGCUGAGGCGCCGGACACGCCCCCGCUGCCCUACGCCGGCUACGUCUCCAUCGUCACCGUCAUCGCCGUGCUGCUCUUCGUCCUCCUCCUCCUCGCCGUCUACUCCUGCAGGCCUCGCUGCUCCAAACCACGGCCGCCACAGGUCAUAUAAACACUGUGGAGGACAGCAAGAUGUUUGUGAGUACCUGCACCAGUCCGUUGUGGUAUGAAUGUAAUAAUGUAUUAAUAAAAUAACAUCUAUAUACUCA